GGCAAGUAUAGCGACGACGAAGGGUACUACGGUAAAUACGGUGGAAAGUAUGGCAAGUACGGGAAAAAGGGUGGCGGCGGAAAGUACGGUGGUGGGAAAUACAGCGAUCACGAAAACGAUAGUUAUGAGAAGAGAAUUUCCCUAGCAUGUUGACUGUGUACUAGCUUGCCUCUCAGUUGUACCUUGUUCUUGUAAGGAACAGUUUUUUCUGAUGUUGGGCACCUAUUGACUUACCUACGACUAUCGUAGCCCAGUACGCACAAGUCUAUGUGCGCAACCACCAUGUACUUGCGACCAGAUAUUGGCAAGCUCAUAACAGGUCUCUGGUGCUGACCACCCCUGGUUGAUAAACAUAUUUGCUAACACACGACAGUACUGCUGACCCAUAGAUAAGGUACACGAUCAAUAUAUAAGGAUACACUCUAGUCCUGACAUUGAUGUUGGUUUAUAACACACCAGCACUUAGCAACACCAGACUGCUCUAAUUUCUCUACUACGAAGGCCCAGGGAGCAAAGGCGAAGGCCGAGGAUCGAGCUACAGCGACUACUAUGGCAAGGGAGAGCGGUAUCCUGGCAAGGGGGACCGAGACAACUAUGGACGAUCCGAAUCUUAUGGCUCAAAGGACUAUGGGGGCAAAGACUACGGCAAAAGUCGAUCGUCAAGCUACUACGACAGCUACAGCAAGGAUAGAGACGAGUACCCAAAAGGUGGAUACAAGGGCAAGAGGGAUUACUAUGGGAAAG